CAGCUCCCCAUAUAUACGAGCGAUGCAUGAAGUUGUUGAUAAUAGCACAGACAGAUGCAUGGUGUUUGAGUGCUUGGAUACUGACCUGUGGUCAUUGAGAGCCAGGGCACAGGAACUCGGCCAGCCUUUUCUAAAAAUUACUGCCAAGUCCAUCCUUGAAGCUGUAAAAGUCUUCUCAGACAUGGACGGGCACUUUACUGCUGUGCACACAGACAUCAACCCUAAUAAUGUCCUUGUCUCCAAUGUGGACUCACCAAAACCUACUGUGAAGCUUGCUGAUCUUGGAGCAGUGAUCACCUCUGAGGGCUUUGAUGACUUCCGAUUGCAGGGAGUUGAAAUUCGUGCCCCUGAGAUCUGGAAGGGAGUGUCGCCAACACCACCUUGCCAGGUGUGGUCAGUUGAAGUUACUCUAAUGCAUUUCUUCGCCAAUAAAAUUAUUUUUGGAAACUGGGACCAAGAUUCUCGUGUCCAAGAAUUUCCCCUUGACACAAACAAAUCUGCCUGGGCCAUUGGCAAGAUUAUGAAACUUGUUGGACCAUUAGAACGAGAUGAGGAUCCCAAGUACAAGUCUGAAUUUGACUUGGCGGAAUUCUUUGUGAAGCGGGAUCUCAUCAAAGUCGAAUCUCUUGAAGAAGAGCUUGCCAAAGUCAAUGUCCCCUCAGAUUGCGUUAGCUUUAUUCGUUACCUUUUGAAUAUCAACCACAAAACACGACCAACGGCAGAGCAAGCACUACAACAUCCAUGGCUUCAGGAUUUGGAGUGA